UUUUUUGAAUAAAAUCAGGCACCUAGAAUUUCCUCUCAGUGUUUGAAAGAAUUGUUUAUAUUAAAUUCAAAAUUAUUCACUGCUGAAACUUAACUCUUUGCAUAACCAGCUAAUUGUCACAAAAUUAUUUGUUUUUGAAUUGGCCAAAAAGUAUAUUUAGGUACAUAAUCUAAAGAUUUAAGAAUGGACCCGCCGCUGUUUGUGCCAUGCGAUCUUGAACAAUUUCGCGAUCCAAACAAGAAACUCGUCAAAGCAGCUGCCUGCGAGGAAUUGGACAAGCUUAGCGCCCAGGAUGAGAUCAGUGUGUCGAGUAUUAUAUCCGCUCUGAUAAGACCCAUCGAACCGUCCGAUGAUCAGUAUAAGCAAUGCGAUUGGGAAAUCGAUCCCAAGAAAUUUCUGCCUGUCAAGCAGGCUGUUAUUUUCAAGGAGCAGCUGUUCAUCUCCAAGUUGCGCAACACCAACUGCAAGCUGAGCGAGAACCUAAAGGUCUUCUUUGAGCGCGAACUGAAGCAGAUCGGCAAGUUCUGUCUGAACGUGGAGGAGGCCUACGAUGGCUACGUCAUCUACAGCAGCAGCAAAAUGAAGAAGGGCAAGGGCAUUACCGAGUGCGGACACCAGCUGAAGGGUAAAUACGAUGAUCAGUUUCUGUUGAUCUGCGAGAAGCGUUCGGAAACGGAUCGCAUCGAUCAUGCGGUUGUCGAGAAAACGCUGGAAGUGCGCAACCAUGCGGAUAUGUAUCUCACGGCCAUACGCGAGACGAAAAUCAACGAGGAGACCCAAAGGUUCAAGGCCACCAUUGAUAUCAAGGACCGUGAUCAUACCUUCGUCCUGGACGGUGGCAUACAGGUGCUCAUGCGGCAUCUGGUCUGUCACAAUUUUGUUGGCACCUUCGAGUACUACACGAUGAAUCUGUACGGCCGGGUGUUGCGCUGCAAUCUGGUCGUGCACAAGGAUCGCAAGCUGGUGCGCAUCUUCUAUCGCACCUACAAGAAUGCCAUCCACAUCAUCACACAGCAGUGCUUCAACGAUGAGCUGCAGGAUGUGGCCGAGACCUUCAUGACGCCCGAGGGUCGCAUUGUGCUCCACUUCUGGCGCGGCUACAACUAUUUGAUGCACGCCGUCUGCGCCCCGCCCAAGAAAAAGGAGCGCAUCAUACCCAAGCUGGAGUUGAUGUGGCGUCAGAAUGUCGUCCUUGCACGCAAGUUUCGGGAACUGAAGGCUCUCAAUUAUGAAAACACCACCAAAUAUCUAGAGUCGAACUCUGAAUUGGCCGACUUUAUGCAGGAUUAUGUGUUGAAUGUGCUGCGCUAUAAGCCCAGCAAUGUCCUCGAAUUUUCGAUUAUGUUCUUCCAAAACAUGGUUGACCCAUGAUGAAGGCGACUUUGCUAAUCACAUGAACUUUAACAGAAUCAGAAACAAUACAAACAACUUUUAACGAAAACCAA